GAUUUAAAAAUGGCCUUUAAGAGUUUACUAAUAAUACUUUAACAAUACUGACAGGAAACGUAACGUUGCAAUUUGUUGUAAUUGAAUUGAAUUUGUAGGGGUGAACUAUCUUCGCGUGUAAGCCCUCUUUGCAGGAGUUACGUCAGCGUAAGAACGUCGUGUUUCGACGUGAUGCCGUCCUCUUCCUGUUUGUAGUUUUUCCUCUUCAAACUACAAAGCAGCAUCCUGUUGAUGCUAGUGAACAUGAGUCGUCGCUUGGUGGUGACUCUGCGCUUCUCUUCUCCCAUUUGCGCUCCUUGAAAGCCCGUCGCUCGUGUCCGGGCCGCAGCAGCGAUGUGCCAGGAGGGGGGCGAGGCGAGGGAGGACUGCGGCUCCCGGGAGGAGUGGACGCUGCUGUUCUGGACCUCUCUGGCCGUCAUCGUCCCGGUCAUCCUGACGCUGUGGUGCAGCGCGCAGCGCUCCAAGAGGAAGACCUACAUGAAGGAGUUCUUCAGGAAGAGCAAACACGGCUGGCACUACACGGACCUGUUCAACAAGCCCACCUACUGCUGCGUCUGCUCGCAGCACAUCCUGCACGGAGCUUUCUGCCACUGCUGCGGCGUGUGCGCCGACGAGCAGUGCCUGCGCCGGGCCGACAGGAGCCUCCCCUGCAAAGAGAUCAUGGCCCCAUCUCGCCCUGACGGAUCCACGGAGCACCGCUGGGUCCGCGGAAACGUGCCGCUGGCUAGUUACUGUGCUGUGUGCAAGCAGCAGUGUGGGACUCAGCCUAAGCUCUGCGACUUCAGGUGUGUCUGGUGUCAGACCACAGUCCACGAUGACUGCAUGGACGGCUUAGCGGACGCAGAAACGUGUGACCUGGGCGAGUUCCACAGCCUCAUCAUCCCUCCUCACUACCUCCACCUUGUCAACAAGCUGCGCCGCCGGCACCCUGACGAGUUCACCAAGUUGGGGGCUUCCUGUGGCAGAAGCUGGACACCUGUGUUGGUGUUGGCCAACACACGGAGCGGCAACAACAUGGGGGAGGCUCUGCUGGGAGAGUUUCGAACGCUCCUCAACCCCGUGCAGGUGUUUGACCUUUCUGAGCUGACUCCUUCCAAAGCCCUCCAGCUGUGCACCCUGCUGCCCCCGGGCAGGGUCCGUGUGUUGGUGUGUGGAGGUGAUGGCACUGUGGGCUGGGUCCUGGAUGCAGUAGAUGCAAUGAAGCUCAAGGACCAGGAUCAGUUUAUCCCCAGGGUGACCAUCCUUCCUCUGGGGACAGGAAAUGACCUUUCUAACACUCUAGGCUGGGGAGCCGGGUACGCUGGGGAGAUCCCAGUGGAGCAGGUUCUCCGUAACGUUCUGGACGCAGAAGUGGUCAAAAUGGACAGAUGGAAGGUCCAAGUAGCGUCAAAGGGGGUCUACUUUCGGAAACCAAAGGUUCUGUCCAUGAACAACUACUUCUCUGUGGGGCCGGAUGCUCUGAUGGCGCUCAACUUCCAUGCCCACCGUGAGAAAACACCCUCAUUCUUCUCCAGCCGCAUCAUAAACAAGGCCGUGUACUUCCUGUAUGGCACCAGAGAUUGUUUAGUGCAGGAAUGUAAAGAUCUGGAUAAAAGGAUUGAGCUGGAGCUGGACGGGGAGAGGGUGGCGCUGCCCAGCCUGGAGGGCAUCAUCGUUUGCAACAUCGGCUACUGGGGAGGAGGCUGCCGGCUCUGGGAGGGGAUGGGAGACGAACCCUGCCCCCCGACUCGGCUGGACGACGGGCUGCUGGAGGUUGUGGGUGUGUUCGGUUCUUUCCACUGCGCUCAGAUCCAGGUCAAGUUGGCCAACCCUGUGCGACUGGGACAGGCACACACCGUCAGGCUGGUUCUGAAGAACUCAACAAUGCCCAUGCAGGUGGACGGGGAGCCUUGGGCUCAGGGGCCCUGCACCAUCACCAUCACCCAUAAGACCCAGACCUUCAUGCUGUACCACAGCGCAGAGCAGACAGACGAUGACGAUGACGAGUCCAGCUCCUCUGAUCCGGAGAGCCCGGCCCCUCAUGACUCCCCCAGGCCCCCGUGGUUGACUACUACUGUGCAAGCGUGAUGCGCCUCAGGCGUCACGAGAUCCUAAACGCCUCUUAUCAUGGUUUCUGUUUUACAGUCCGUCUUCACUGGUCCGCCGUCUGCUUGAGUUUGCCUCCACUUCAUACACUGAGUCACAGUUUUGAAUCCUCGUAUUGUGUACUUUGUCCUUUAUCUUCGAACCGUCAUUUGUUGCAGCUGAGACCUCAGGCAUUUACUAUCUGGAGCAGUCAGGUGGCGGCGAACAUGUUAAGGAAAGCUUUCUGUUUAUUUGCACUGAUCCCUCGUGCCAUAUAGAUUAUAGAGUCUAGACAUAACUGUGCUGUAUUUAUUCUGCUAUAUUUAAAACUGAGUGUUUCUUUUAGUGAGCCAAAUUUAACUCAUCCUCCACGCCCUCUAAAAGCCAUGUCAGACCUGCAGCAGGCCAUGAAAAGCUGUGAUACAAGAAAGAGUCGUGUAAGAGAUGACAGACGCCAUCAACUCUUAGUGAUUCAUCUUACGUUUUAUGGUCUAAACCAGGGGUGUCAAACUCCAGUCCUCAAGGGCCGCAGUCCUGCAACUUUUAGAUGUGCCUCUGCUGCACCACACCUGAAUAGAAUAAUUAGGUCAUUAAGGCUCUGGAGAACUGAUCUACACAAGACGGAGGUAAUUAAGUCAUUUCAUUCCAGUGUUUUGUACCUGUGGCACAUCUAAAAACUGCAGGACAGCGGUCCUCGAGGACUGGAGUUUGACACCCUAAACACCACCCUAAACCAAGCACAAAAGAAAGCUGUCUCUUGUGUUUGUUGCUGAAACUUUGAACGUUUGCUAAAAGAUCCAUGGAGGUGACAGAAUGGCCACCUCCAAGAGUCAGUAGCUUGCAGACAUGUUCUUGCACCUUGGAGCUUUCCACAUUUAGUCAAGUUACAAUGAGAAACGUCAGUGUGUUUUAUUGGGAUUUAUUGUGAUAGACAAGCAUGACGUCCAGCAUAACUAUGAAAUGGAAGGGUAGUGGGAGAGUUUUCAAAAUUUUCCUGAAAAUAUAAAAUGCUGGGAAUACAUUUGUAUAACCUGAGUAGGGGCUGUGCUUCCAGUCUUUUGGGCGUUGCCUCUCCUGUAUUUAACCCCAAUCCUUCUUCCAAGCAACUCUGCCCAUCUGUCCUAACACAUCUCCACAGCAUACAGGACACUAUUUCUAUUCUUCUGAGAGCAGUAAGUUGCUCCCAGAAUAUUGAAAAACAUAAAUAAUUUUUAUUCGCCUUCAAACACAUGUACUGCUUUCUGUUGGCCUAUUACAUCAAACCAUUAUAAAACAUACUCAAGUUGGAAAUGUUCCAAUUUUCACCUCUGGAAGUGACUAUCUGUUUAAUCAUGCGACACUGCUCCUUUAGUUUGCAUCUUUGUAGCAGUUUGAGAAGCUUUCCCAUGUGCCGAAUAUUCAGAUUCACUAGAUGUCCCUGCAGGAAACGGGCCGACUUGUUGAGGGUCAGUAUGAAAGCACUGCCAAGUCAAUAUGGAACUACUUUGCCAGCGUGUAAAAAAAACAACUUCUUCCCUCAUCUUUGCAAACUGUUUACAUACUUUGUGUUGCACUUGAACAUAGCUCCUAUCCAUGUUACUGCCAUAAAUUAUUAUACCUGCUGAUGAGAUUUUACAUUGUGCAAGCAGUCCUUCAGCUUCUCGUGUUUUACCUUUUCUCACCACAAGGGGGCAGGCUGAGGAGAGUAUUUAGAGGUAGAGCUUUUCAGACCACUUUAGUUCAGUAGUUCAUCUGUUGCGUGAACCUCCAUGUGUUGCUCGGGUGAAGCUGUUGCAUUUCGUGUUUGUCGGAAAUCCUGGUGCUGGCGGGAUUCCUGGCGCUCGGAGCAUAUCAGGAAAAGUCUGUAGGGUGUCUGGUUAAAGGUUUGCUGCAGCAGGCUUUAAGGUUGAACAGGAUCAGUAACUAGCCAUGAUGAUGCCUUGCUGGACAUCUGCUUUACCUUUUAAUAUGCGUUUACCAGAGCUUUGUGUUGUGAUGAAGCAGCUUUUAUGAAGCUCAAACGGCCUGAUUCUCCGUCUGAGUUUUAAUUUUUAAAGCUGAUUUGACACAUUUCAUUGCAGGACUGACAUUGUUAAUGCUUGAGCAGACUUCCCUACUGUGCAUUUAUGAGAUUUUUAAGCUGGCUUGUAAACAGUAUUGAUUUAAAGCUAAAAUGUCAGAAAAGCAGCUUCAGCUUUAAAAACUCCACUAAAUGAUUUGAAAUACUUGUACAAUCAACAACUUACUUUUCUGCUGUCAGAAUUGCUUAUAAGAAUCUGCUGUAAUGAUAAUCAGCAACUUUAGGAAGACCUGUGUGAUCCCAGUUUACUACAAACUACCAAGAAACAGCUCAGAGGAAAACAAGCGUUUAAUGCCAUCAAUCAUAAAAAAUGGCUGUUUACAAAAUGUGACAAGAACCAACUUUGAUUGAGAUGAAUGUAAAGAGGUGAUGUUUUGAAUUUGAAGACAUUCCCAUAAAUAUUUUCAUACAUA